AUGGGGAUAAGGAAGGAAACGGGAUGGGAGCAGCCCUCGGUGGUCGGCGCUACCCAGGGCGGGCAAGAGGCGGUGUUUAGGACCCAGCGGGACGAGGCGGUGCCGGUGCGGGUCCCGCCCCGGCCCCAUUGUCUGUACGGGAGGCGGAGGAACGGGAGCGGCGAACGAGCCCCGGCCAUGGCCCCGGUACCGACCCCGGGCCCGAAACUGGCGCUGUUGACCGCGGCCCUGCUCUGCUCCUCGGCAAAAGGGGACGGGGACCCCCCGGAACCCCUGUUCCUACCGGCAGACCUGGAGCUCCUGGGGGUACCGGAAUACUACCGCUUGCAACGGGCAGACCGGGAUACCCCAACCAACACCUCCAUGGAUACCCGCACCGAGACCUUCCUGAUGCUGCGGCACAACCCCGGUACCCAACCUUUGCUCCAAGCCACUUACCCCCCCUUCAGCACCCGGCAGGAGGUACCCAUGGAGAGGGAGCAGAGGGAAGCUUGGGCUGUGCGGGCUGUCCCCAUUGAGAGCUCCGUGUCACCGGCAGAGCCCUUUGCCCGUGUGCUCUUCCAUCUGUAUGGGCCUGAUUGGAUGGCUGGGAAACGGGAUCAUCCCGAGGGAUGGGAUCCACCCGGACAGCGGGAGCAGGAGAGGGAUCACCCCAUGGAACAGCAUCAUCCCAGGACCUGGGAUCAUCCCAAGGAGCAGCAUCCCAAGAACUGGGAUCAUCCCAAGGAAUGGGAUCAACCUAAAGAGAGGGAUCAUCCCAAGGAGCAAAACCACCCCAGGAACUGGGAUCACCCCAAGGAACGGGAUCACCCUGGAGACUGGGAUCACCCCACAAAGCAGGAUCACCCCAAGGAAUGGGAUCACCCCAUGGAAUGGGAUCACCCCAUGGAACGGGAUCACCCCAAGGACCGAGACCUGCCCUAUGUCACCCUCUAUGCACAUCACCAUGGCCGGGUGGCCCAUGCCUCGUGCCACCUGCAGGCACCCCUGGGCGCCUGCGUGGUAGAACUGGAGAUCCCCCCCCACUGGUUCUCCCCCGCUCCCCCCGCACCGGCCCAGCUCCAGUACAGCGUGAUGGGAUCCCGGGAACACCGCACUGGGAACCGGGAACGGGGCCGUGCCGGGGCUGCUCCACAUCCCCUGGGCUCCCUGGAGCUGCGGGCGGCGGAGGCGGUGCGGUGGCAGGAGGUGAGGUUGGACCCCAAGGUCCUGCUGCGGGUACCCGAUGCCAGCGUGCGGCCGGGGCAUCGCUUCAGCGCCAGCAUCGCCCUGCGGCACAACUUCACCGCCGACCACUUGGUGCUGCGGAUCAAGGCCAAGAAAGGGCUGCAGGUGAUGGGUGCCCGCAGCGGGGUACCCGGGGCAUGGACAACGCAUGUGGAGCGCAGCCGCGGUCCCAAGCACUCCACGGUGGUGGUGAUGUGCCGGAGGAGCGGGGAUGCUGCUGCUGGAUCCAGGGUGGCUGAUACUGAGGCGUUCCUGCACUUGGAUGUGGUGGUGGAGAAUGGGACCGCGGGGCUGGCACCGGUGCGGCCCCUCACGUGGCAAGUGGAGUACCCAGGGCAGGACCCCGAGGCGCAGAAGGAUAAACUGGUGUGGGAGAUCCAGGUGUCGGAGCGCGAUGUCCGGGCUCUCGUCCCCCUUGUACAGGACCUGGAGAUCCUCAACACGGCCCCACUGACGGGGGUCCCCCGCUUCGUGCCCGUCAGACUGGUGUUGGUGGAGGCGGGGGGGGGCAUCACUGAGCUCCCGGAGCCCCCCGGCUGCGAGUCAGCUGACAAGCAGGUCCUGCAGGUCUCUGCCGCCUGCACCGCGGUGUUCGUGGGGGGCCAGGAGAGCCGUGGGGCUCGGGGGGCUCGGGUGGAUUUCUGGUGGCGGCGCCUGCACGCGGCGCUGAGCUUCACGGUGUGGGCCCCACUGCUGCCGCUGCGCCUGCAGCUGGGGGACACGGCCCUGGGGCAGCUGCGGGGCUGGCGCCUGCCCCACGGCACCGAGAGCGCUCCGGAUGAGGCCGCUCCCGGUGCCCGGGAUGGUCCCCGCCGGUUCCGGGGCUGCCGCCCUCAGUUCCAGCGCACGGCGCUGCGGGUCCUGGCUCACUUCGCGGCGCGGCCGCUGGACGGGGGCCGGCCCCUCGCGUACCUGCCCGGCCCCGCCUGGCUCCUCGAUGUCACCCCCCUGGUGGCCGCACGCACCCGGGUCCAGGACCCGCGGGUGGCAGCGCUGGAGCCGGGCCCUGUGGUGGUGGGGCUGGAGCCAGGGGUCACCUCGGUGGAGGUCCGCUCCCCACUGUCAGACUCCAUCCUGGGGGAGCAGACGCUGGUGGUGUCGGAUGAGAAGGUGACGGUGACGGAGCUCCGGGCCCAGCUCGUGUCGGGGCUGUCCCUGGUGGUGCGGGCAGAGCCAGGGCACCGGGGGCUGGUGACCGCCAGCGCCAUGGGCACAGGGAGCCUGCGGGUACCCAAGCAGGAAGCGACGCUCUCCGUGUGGCUGUCCUUCUCCGACCACACACUGGCCCCAUUGGAGCUCUAUGGGUGGCAGGACACAGCCUUGACCCUAACAUCGCUGGACCCCACCAUAGCCACCGUGGGGGGCUCCCCGGGUGUCCCCACCGCGCACCCAUGGGUGGUAGCCGAAGGCCCGGGGCGCGGGGCCCUGCUGCAGCUCAGCCUGCACCCCCCAGACCCCUGCCGCCGGGGCCGGCACCGCGGCACCGCCUUGGCCACCGGCACCGCUUGGCUUGAGGUGCUGGGGGGGGGUAACGGCGCCACCAGCACCGGGGUCCCCCAUGGGUCCAGGUCCCCGUUCCAAAGGGCGGAAGGGGCCAUGUCCGGAGAGGCGGUGACGGCCGGGAGCGAGCCACGGAGGAGGGAUGCGAUGGGCAACACCAAGCUCCAAGGGAUGGGGUCUUCAUCGGAGGAGGAGGAGGAUGGGUAUGGGCACACUGGUGAGGAGGAGGAGGAGAUGGUGAAGGCUCCGGAGCGCGUAACCGACCUGGAGAUCGGCAUGUACGUCCUGCUGGGGGUCUUCUGCUUGGCCAUCUUCAUCUUCCUCAUCAACUGCAUCUUCUUCGUGCUGCGCUACCAGCAGAAGGAGCUGCCCGAUGCCGCGGCCCCAUCGUCGGCCCCACAGCCCCACAACUGGGUCUGGUUGGGUACCGACCAGGAGGAGCUGAGCCGGCAGCUGGACCGGCGGCAACCCGAGCCCCCCAUCACCGAUGGGCGCUGCUGCUGCGGUUCUGAAGAUGGGGGUACCCCCAGCCCCACAAGCCCGGCGGUUGCUCCGCAGCCCCAUAGGGAAGGUGGAGCCCCAAGGGGGGGCAGGAGGAAGAGGGUGGAAUUUGUCACCUUCUCCCCAACUCGAGGCGCUGAGGACCCCCAAGAGGAGCCCGUUCCCAAUGUCCAAUCCAUCCUGGUGGCCAGCGAGGAUGACAUCCGUUGGGUGUGCGAGGAUAUGGGGCUGCGGGACCCCGAGGAGCUCCGUAGCUACAUGGAGAGGAUCCGGGGCAGCUCCUGAGCAC